AUGCACUUUUUGCAAAUUCAGAUGGACAUAGUGACGCGAUGCUAUGACGAGUACAAUACUUUCCAAAACUUGAUUCACGCGCUUCCUCUCUCGGAUAAUCUACGUACGGAACACGAAGAAAAGUACGUUGAGUUCGAAUCGCUGUACACGGAUACGGCGGUCAGGCUGAGUACACUCAUCGAGCGUGCCACGAAGCCGGUUCCAGCUCCUGUGCCGAACGCGUCUGCGGUCGUCCUCCGACAAGCCGAGCGCCUCAACCUUCCGGCGUUGCAAGUCCCGCUGCCGACCUUCGACGGGUCGUAUGAAUAUUCCUUCAAAGCGAUGUUUACCACGAUCAUGAACCGUUACCAGCACGAAGAACCGGCCCUGAAGCUGUACCAUCUACGGCGCUGUCUGGUCGACAAGGCGGAGGGGAUCAUCGAUCAAGAAAUUAUCGACAAUAACGACUACGAUGCCGCCUGGCUGCUCUUGAAACAACAGUACGAGGACAAGCGCAUAAUCGUAGACAAGCACGUCGACAACCUGUUCAACCUGCCGAGGAUCAGCCAAGAGAGCGCGACCAACAUGCGGAAGAUGAUCAACGUCUGCACCAAGAACGUGGAGGCGCUGAAGAAGCAGAACUUGCUGGCCGUUGGGCUCGGCGAACAGAUGCUCGUGAACCUGAUCGCUGCGAAGAUGGACAAGAAGCUGCGGGUCGCUUGGGAAGCUCGCCAGAAGAAAGACGUGCUGUCGACGUACGACGCGACGAUGGAGUUCCUGCAGGAGCAGUGCCGGAUCUACGAGAAGUUCGACACGAAGCCCGCGACGGAGAGUGCUAAACCAAAAGCGGUGGCGCGGAGCCACACGCUGGUGACAAGUGAAACGAAAAGUGAACUGAAGUGCGCUGUGUGCAAGGCAAACCAUGAACUCUGGAAGUGUGAUGCUUUUAAGCAAAAGAGUGUGAGUGACAAGUACGAAGUACUGAAGAAGUGCGGAGCCUGUUUCAACUGCCUUGCAAGAGGCCAUCGAACCAGGGCGUGUUCGUCGAGGACGUGCCAGGAGUGCGGACGAAAGCACCACACGUUGCUCCAUACCGAGGACACGUCAAGCCAGACCUCCAGCAGUGCGACUUCCACGAAACCAGCAGAAGUCACGACACCAGUCGUGAAGUCCGGAAACCAGGUGACCAGCACCCCAGCAGGAACGUCUACGACGCUGUGCGCAAGUGCCGUUAGCGCCGACAAGCAAACCCUCCUCUCGACUGCCGUUGUCUUGGUCGACGGCGUGGGCAGCACUCCCUACCCGUGCCGAGUGCUGUUGGAUUCUGCCUCGCAGAUGAACUUCGUGACGGACCGUUUCGCCAACCUCCUCUCGCUAAGAACGACUCGCGCUGACUUCACGGUCAGUGGCCUGAACGGCAAUAAAACUCGAAUUUGCCGUAAGCUGCGAACGACGGUCAAGUCUCGCCUCGGAGACUUUUCGGCCAGCCUGGAUCUGCUGGUAACCCCCCGGAUCACCGGUGACCUGCCGGUGAAAUCUUUUGAUGUCACGAACUGGCCCAUCACGAACGAGAUGGCGCUGGCCGACCCGACGUUCAACAGGCGAGGACGCGUCGACAUGCUGAUCGGCGCCGAAUACUUCUGGACUCUGCUGGAGGAUGACCGACUCGAGCUCGGCCCGAACCUGCCAGUGCUGAGAAACACGAAACUGGGAUGGAUCGCUGGAGGAGUGGUCGCUAGCGACGCACCGGUCGUCGCGCGUACUUUUUGCCAGACCGCAGACGACGAGCCGCUCAUCGAGCUGCUGAAGAGCUUCUACAAGGUGGAGGCCUGCGACGAGUUUCGCCCAUCGGCGACGGCUGAUGACGAGGUGUGUCUGGAGCACUUCCGGCGCACACACGAACGAAACGAGGAAGGACGGUACGUUGUGCGGCACCCCUUUAACGAGCGGAAGCUGGAGCUGGGCGAUUCACGGGAGAUGGCGCUGCGGCGCUUUCUUGCGCUCGAACGGAAGCUGGACAAGCAACCGGAACUGAAGGAGCAGUACUCGCAGUUCAUCCGGGAGUAUGCGCAGCUCGGGCACAUGCGAGAGAUCGAGGAGAAGCCAAACGAAGAUCCGGGAGCAGGUUUCUACUUGCCACACCACUGUGUGCUGAGGCCCACCAUAUGUCUUACGCUGGACAUUCCCAAGAUGUUCCGCCAGGUGGGCGUGCAUCCCGAGGACACGAAGUACCAGCGCAUUUUCUGGCGGUACGAUCGGAACGAUCUGCUGAGCGUCUGGGAACUGCAGACUGUGACGUACGGCCUGGGACCCUCGCCGUUCCAGGCGACAAUGGCGCUCAAGCAAGCUGCGGCCGACCACCAAGACGAGUUCCCGAGGGCUGCCGAAGUCGUUGAGAAGGGGACAUACAUGGACGACAUCCUGACGGGUGCCGAUACGCUGGAAGAAGCUUGCGAGCUGCAACGAGAAGUGACGGGUCUGCUGGCGAAGGCCUGCUUCAGCGCUCACAAGUGGUGCGCGAACCAUUCCGACAUUGUGCGCGCAGUCCCCGAAGAGCUGCGAGGAAACUCGUUCGAAGUCACCGACGACAACGCGAAGACAACCGUGAAGACGCUGGGCGUAACCUGGAACUCUAUCGAGGACUGGUUCUCUGUGUCGGUGCCUGAUUUCGACGAACUGGACGAGAUGACCCGGAGGAAGCUCUUGAGUCAGCUGGCCAAGAUAUUCGACCCGCUGGGAUUCUUUGGCCCUGUGAUCACCUACGUGAAGCUAAUUCUGCGAGAGGUCGGCGAGUUGCAGAUUGAGUGGGACGACCCGGUUCCACCUGACGUCGGCUCAAAGUGGCGGAACUUCCGCAUCGAAAUGACCGCUCUGAGGGAGGUGCGGUUGCCAAGGUGGAUCUCCUGGAAGGGAGCACUCAAGUUGGAGCUGCACGGAUACGCCGACGCGUCCGACCUGGCGUACGGGGCUUGUCUGCAUGUGGAAGGCUUCUUCGCCGACGGGAAAACCGAGAUGCGACUCAUCUACAGCAAGUCUCGCAUCCUACCGAAGAAGCGCAAGGCGAAGGAAAAGGCCAUCUCGACCCCGCGAGCCGAGCUACUGGCAGCACUGCUGCUCGCAAGGAUGGUAGUCAAGUUUCUGAGCGCGACGGAACUGAAGUUUGCUGCGGUCCACCUCUGGAGCGAUUCGAAGAUUGUGCUCGCGUGGCUCAGGAAACUCCCGCAUCUGCUGCAGACAUUCGUCUCGAAUCGGGUGAGCGAGAUUCAGCGAUUGACGGAAAACUUCUUUUGGCACUACAUUCCGUCAGAAGAGAACCCGGCCGACCUGAUCUCGAGAGGAGUCCGCCCGAAGAAGCUGAUGACGUCCAAGAAGUGGUGGCGGGGCCCGCCACGCACCCCCGUUGUCGAGACUGGAGACGAACUCGAGAUUCCGGACGAGGAGCUGCCGGAGAUGCGAGCCGGUGUUGCACUGGCGAUGACUGUUCCUGUUGAACGAUUCCCGAUGUUUGACAAGGAGACGCGAGCUGCAACGCUCGUGAUCGUGCGACUGGUCCAGCGUGAAACGUUCCAACCAGAGAUUCUCGCGCUUAUGGACGGCGCGGAAACGAAACACCGGCUGUGCGGACUGAAUGCGUUCUUGGACUCCGAGGACGGCAUAUUGCGAGUUGGAGGACGGAUCAAGCGAGCCGUUAUUCCGUACGAUAGCCGUCACCAGAUGCUGCUGCCGGCCAAACACCCGAUCACCGAAGCUCUCGUCCGAGAGCUGCACCUGGACAACCUGCACAUCGGCCAGAAGGGGCUGCUUGCGAUCGUCCGACAGCGCUACUGGCCACUGAACGUCAAGAACACGAUCCGCAAGGUAAUCCGGAACUGCGUAAGGUGCUUCAAGGCGAACCCACUGAAGACGACGCAGAUGAUGGGCGAUCUGCCAUCGUACCGCAUUCGACCUGCUCCGGUCUUCUCGACCACCGGAGUGGACUACGCCGGACCUUUUUGGAUUAAGUCGUCUUCCGCAACUCGCAAGCCGCAGGUCACGAAGGCCUACGUGAGCCUCUUUGUGUGUAUGCAGACCCGUGCCAUACACCUCGAGCUGGUUUCCGACCUGACGACGGACGCGUUCCUGGCGGCCUUGAGACGCUUCACAAGCCGACGUGGAUGUCCGAGAACGAUGCGGUCGGACAAUGCAACAAACUUCGCGGGAGCCAAGAACGAGCUGAACGAGCUGUGGCGGCUGCUCCAGGAUCAGCGCGCCACCAAGAAGAUCGCCAGCUACUGCACCGACAAGGGGAUUGAAUGGUCGUUCAUUCCGCCGCGAAGCCCGCACUUCGGCGGCAUUUGGGAGGCCGGCGUGAAGCAGGUCAAGCACCACCUCAAGAGGAUCGUCGGUGACCGGAAGCUGUCGUACGAAGAGCUGUACACGACGUUAACGCAGAUUGAAGCUGUGCUGAACUCCCGGCCCCUCGCGCCGGUUUCAGAUGACCCCAACGAUUACACAGCUAUCACUCCUGCACACUUCCUCAUCGGGCGCGAGAUGCAGGCCGUGGCUGAGCCGGACUACACCGACCUGAAGGAGAAUCGGCUCUCGAGAUGGCAGCUGGUGCAAACCAUGCUGCAGCAUUUUUGGAAACGCUGGACGGCUGAAUAUCUACCUGAACUUCAGCAGCGAACGAAGUGGUUGAAGACGAAGCAGAUCAAGGAGGGCUCGCUGGUGCUGCUGGUUGACCACAACGCACCGCCACUGCAGUGGCCACUCGGUCGGAUUGUGGCAACCCACCCGGGAGACGACGGCGUGACACGCGUUGUCACGGUGAAGACGGCCAACGGAGGAGAGUUCAAGCGGGCGGUCACAGAGAUCUGUCUGUUGCCGCUGGAGUAG